AUGAAUGUCUGCGACAGUUGCUCAGAUUACUCGGCUUCUUCUGGCUAUGUGGCCUGGGAUUUUGUGGCUGGUGAUAUGGACGAAUUCUCUGAUGAGAUGUCGGAUGGGUUUUGGGAAGACGAACAAGAUGUCGAGGAUGUGGAAAUGUGGUUCUACGAUGGUUUGGAUCAUUUCAAAGGUGGUUCGUCCACUCCAAAUUCUGCUCUUAUAGCUUAUUGCUUAUACUGCUUGUAUGAAGUUCAUCUUGAUGUACAUACCUCAAUGUUGCAAAUCGUGGCAUUGUAUCCUGCACUAAUGCUGUAA